AUGAAACCGAGCUGUCGGGAGGCUUUCGAUAUUGCCGUGGUACGAUGUAAGUUGAAGACUACACCACUAACACCGAAAGUUAGUUUUGGUGAAGUUAAAGGUGGAACCCCAUCGAUCGCUCCUUUGCAAGGCUCACCAGUUAUCCGUCCACCCUAUGCUAAGCCUGCAGCAGCACCCCAAAUUCAGGAUUUACCGGUUAGGCAACCAGUAGGACCAGCUCAACAAUUUAUUGCUUUCAAACCACCCCAACAUCCCAAUUACAAGCCUCAGGUGUACUAUCAACCUGGAACUAUUCUUACAAUGAACCAAAAUGGGGCAGGGUCACAACGGCCGCCAAAUCCUUCCAUGUCACCACAGAACAUGCGUCCAAUCGCCCCUCCGAUGAUGCGGCAAGGACCUCCUGCCGGUCCUCGUCCAACUGGAUCCAUGGGAUCAACACCACCCAACAUGCAGUACCCUAGCUCACCAAAUGUCAGGCCUCAAAUGCAAUCACCCUUAGCGGCGCAGCCAGCAAUGCAAAGGCCACAAAUGCCACAAAAUAUGCGUCCACUGGCGCCCCAACUCGUAAGACCACCUGGGGUUGGACCACAGAACGCCAGGCCUCCGGUUUCACCGCAAAAUGUAAUCACUAAUAAUACCCAAUUCAUUAGACAGGCAGCGCCUCAAUUUCGAUCACCGAGCCCUGGACAACCUUCGCCGCAAAUAACAAAUCCCAACUCCCAGUCUGUUCGUCCACCGCCUAUCCAACAACAAGUUGCGAGCAACAGACCACCAUCUGCGUCUUUUAAGUCCCCACCCCAAAGCAACACUCCUGUAGACCAAUAUGGAUUCGAUUCACCAGAAAAUCAGAGUCGACCUCAAGUAGAUCAUACAGGUAGAAUGGACAGUCCUAAAGGUAGCUACUUAUCGACAGAUGAUGAUGAAGAUGUCGUUAUUGGAAAGAUUACUCCACUGUCCUCAUCACGAUCACCGGAAGGACAAACUAGUCCAACUUCAAAAAACCCAUCUUCAGUUCCAAUGUACAGGUCAGACAGUCAAGCAUCUAUACCUUCCAGACCACCCUCUGCUCUCGGAAACUUCAGCAGAUCGUCAGACCCAAGACAUUCACAGCCACCGUCACAGAUGCUUCAGUCCAACGAAAUAAUCUACAAAGAAAAGCUACCCGCUUCCGCAGACAAGCCGCUGGACGGCCUUAGCGGAGUGACAAGAAUGAAAACUCCAUCGCCGGACGAAAACAGUGCGGAAUAUGCAAGAUUGUCCAACCGUUUGCCCUCGGUUGAUACUUCGGCUAGGUCGAACAGACCACUGGAGUUGGGCUCGACACCUUCACAAGAACACGCUACGAGCGGCCGAAGCAGACCACCGAUUUCCAGCACUCCAAGCACCGAACGAGUUACCUUUGUUUUACCGGAAGAAACAAAUGACGGCACAAACUCGGAACCCAUGCGGAAGACCCCAGUCCCGCCCAAUGUUCUUAAAAAGCCCGACGCGGAAACGCGUGGCCGUAGCCCUUUUAAGAACCAUCUCACGGUUGGAGGGAGCAGCUCAGCCAGUGAUAAUAAAGGCGAUAAUGACAGCGGAGUCGAUGAGUCGACACAAGAAAAGGAGCGAAAUGGUCCAGGCUCUCCUGGUUCCCCACUGAAGUCACCCAGCAAAAUUCCUUCAUUGCGACGGCCAGAAAGCAUUACGCCACAGACACGAUCCAGGAGCACAUCAAAGCAACGACUAACAGCAAAAACGCCCGAAACUCCAACCGAACCGCUCAUCAAAAAAGUACCAAUGAACAAAAUUCAGGUCGGUGCAACUCCAUCGCCGAAUCUAAAGGUGGUCAAAUCUAAGAUUGGGUCCCUGGAAAAUGCAACCCAUAAACCGGGCGGUGGAAACAUAAAAAUAGAAACGAAAAAAAUCGAGAUCAAAGCGGCGCCAAGGAUUGAAGCGAAAAACGAAGCCUACGUGCCGAAGGGUGGCGACAAGAAGAUAUUGUCAACCAAGCUGCAAUGGAAUGCCAGAUCGAAAAUUGGGUCGCUGGAGAACGCGAACCACAAGCCCGGCGGAGGAGACAAAAAAAUCGAAACUCUGAAAACCGAUUUCAAAGAUCGGGCAAAAUCUAAGGUGGGUUCGAAGGACAACCUUGGAUACCAGCCCGGUGGAGGAGAUGUUAAGCCUGGAAGUGCCGCAGUUAUUGAGCAAAGAAGAAGAGCCAUUGUCAAUCAAAAAUUGGACAUCAAGGCGGAAAGCAAGGUCGGCUCGCUCGAAAACGUCAAGCACAAGCCGGGUGGCGGUGACAUUAAGAUCUUUGAUGACAAAGAAUACCUGAAGCAAAUCGAUCAUCCUAUAGCACCAACACCACCGACACAGCGUUCCGUACGGAAAAUGGCUUCCAGCAUGUCGGGCGUCGAACUGUCACGCGAGCUGGGCUAUAGCAAUGGGCCCGGCUCGCUGGCAUCGCUGCAACGUCCAUCGUCACUGACGGCAUCCCUCUCGCUUCCGGCCGAGUGUAUUGUCCUUUCCCUAGCACCGGGACCUACGGUGGAUCCGUCCCCGGAGCGAAAGUUACGCCGCGUGGAAUCAACCAGAAGUUUCAUCAGGAAGGACGGACGAGCAAUUCAUCCCAAGCCAUUCCGUAUCUACUAG